AGAAAUGGAGUAGGCUGGAGAUGUUGGGAAAUGUGAUGGUCCGAAAACCUUGGAAAGGCACAACUCAUCAUAGGCAUGGUCAAUCAAAUUGACCGUGUUUACCUGUAUGCUCAUAAAGGACCCAUGACCAAACUUGGUCGGAUUGUUUAAUCAUCAGAUGGGCGAGGUCACCUGUAUCCUACAACGUCACCCUUUCGCCGAAACUACCUGGCGGCGAUACUUACUUCCGCAAUUGGAGGUCUGAGUCAUUUUGAAGUCUCGCCGUGAGCGCCAUAGACAUUUCUUUUGGACUGGAACCGAACAGGAUUAUUUAUUGGAUUUAUUUUACAAAGGGGUUUGAAUCUGAUGGAGGUUUGUUGGUGCUUGCGCUUCGGAGCUUUUCUUCUCCUUCUCCAGGCACCAUCGUGUGUAACUGGGGAGAAAUCAUCAUGCGCACCUGGCUUUGAUUCAGAACUCUAUGUAUUCAAAGUCGAUCGAGUUCAUCUUCACAUUGGCCGGAGGCUUGGUAAAGUGGUUUUCGAUGACUGUACCGGCCGCAAACGAAUUGUGUUGGAUUCGGCAGACAGCCGUUUUAAAGUGGACACUGAUGGAACAGUGAAGCUGAAGAGACAAGUGACCCUGCAUGAUGGACACAAGAGGUUUUCACUGCACGCGUGGGACUCCCAAGGCAGGAAGCACACAGUGGCUGUUCGUGUGGAGCUCGACCGGCCUCACCAGCACCACCACCACCAGGUGGACUUGCACCAGAUGGACUUGCACCAGCCUGAUGUGACUGAAGCACUUCCAGCCGUGCCAGUCCUGGUGUUUCCAAAGUCAUUUGGUGGUCUAAGGAGGAGGAAGAGGGAUUGGAUUAUCCCUCCCAUCAACUUUCCUGAAAACUCCAGAGGCCCUUUUCCACUGAAGAUGGUGCAGAUAAAAACCAGCUAUGCUAAGGAGGUGAAGAUCAUCUACAGCAUUAGUGGUCAAGGGGCAGACGACCUUUUCACAAUUGACCGUAAGACGGGAUGGCUUUACGUCACUCAGCCCUUGGACAGAGAACAACAGCCUUCCUAUACGCUUCUUGCCCAUGCAGUAUCAGAUGGUGGUGGGAAAGCAGAGGAGCCCAUGGAAAUCAAUGUCAUUGUAAUUGACCUAAAUGAUAACAGGCCUAUCUUUGUGAAAGAUCCUUUCCUGGGAAGUGUUGCAGAAGCAUCAAAAAUAGGCACUGAGUUUAUGGCCGUUAAUGCCACUGACGCUGAUGAGCCUGGAAAUGCAAACGCUGACGUCAGAUACAAAAUCCUGAGUCAAGAUCCACCAAUACCACUAAAGGAUAUGUUUGACAUCAAUCCUUUAACAGGAAAAAUCAGGGUGAAGAACAGUGGGCUGGAUAAAGAGAAAAUUCAUGAGUACACUUUGGAAAUUCAAGCAGCUGACAAUGAAGGAAAUGGUCUACUAGCCGAGUGCAAAGCAAUUAUUACCGUAACUGACAGCAAUGACAAUGCUCCAAAGUUUAACCCAUCUCAGUACACGGUGACUGUGCCUGAGAACAAAGUGGGGGAAGUGGUGGUGAAGAUGCCUGUAACGGACGACGAUGAUCCCAACACCUCUGCCUCAGCAGCCAAAUUCAAGAUCAUCAGUGGAGACCCAGCAGGGAUGUUCAGUGUUGAGACAGGCCCCAACAAACAGGAGGGCAUCAUCAAGACUGCCAAGCCUCUGGACUUUGAAGCUGUGGCCAAGUACACGCUGGUGGUAGCAGUGGAGAACGAAAUCCCGUUUGCAGUUUCUCUGCCAACAUCCACUGCUCAGGUGGUGGUGAAUGUUGGGGAUGUCAACGAGGCUCCCAUCUUCAGUCCAGCAGAGAAGACCAUUUCUAAGCCUGAAAAUGUACCUGUUGGCACACCACUAGUGGAGUACUUAGCCAGAGAUCCUGACACCGCUAUGAAGCAGAAAGUGACGUACAAAGUAGGCAGCGAUCCAGCAGGUUGGCUGAGUGUCGAAAAAGACUCAGGAAUAAUUAAAGUGAAGACUGACAUGGACCGGGAAUCUACCUUUGUUAAAGACGGCCUGUACAAAGCCCUGAUUCUGGCUAUGGAUGAUGAUUCGGUCCCUGCGACCGGUACUGGAACGCUCAUUAUUCAGUUGGAGGACGUGAACGACAACCCUCCAGCAGUGGUGGAGAGGCUGGUGAAGGUGUGCAAUGAGGAGCCACCUCCCAUUCUGCUCGCAGUCACAGAUCAAGACACUGAAAGUAACGGUCCUCCUUACGGAGUAGAGAUGACAGGGGACUCGGCCAGAAACUGGACAGCAACAAUGGACGACACAAGUACUGGCAUUAUACUCCGAUUGAAAACCAAGUUACCGGAAGCAAAAUACAGCAUCAGGCUGGAUGUUCGUGACACCCAUGGCUUGAACCAAGUAAGCAUUGUAGAAGCCCAAGUGUGCAACUGCAAGGGAGCCGACUUUGCCUGCACAGACAGGGAUAUCGGUGCAGCAGGAUUCGGGCUUCCUGUCAUCCUGGGAAUCUUGGGAGGCGUCCUGGCCCUACUCUUGUUGGUCCUGUUUCUGCUCAUGUUCAUGAGGAGGAAGAGCAACAUGAAGAAGGACCCGCUCCUGCCAGAGGACGACAUCAGGGACAACAUCUACUACUAUGAUGAGGAAGGCGGAGGAGAAGACGACCAGGAUUAUGACUUGAGUGUGCUACACAGAGGCCUAGAUAACCGUCCAGAAGUAUUCAGGAAUGAUGUGAUUCCCACCUUCAUGCCCGCACCACAGUAUCGACCACGUCCUGCCAAUCCUGAAGAUAUCGGGAACUUUAUUGAUGAUAAUCUGAAGGCGGCUGACAACGACCCCACGGCGCCACCGUACGACUCGCUGCUGGUGUUUGACUACGAGGGCGCAGGCUCCGAGGCCGGCUCCCUCAGCUCCCUCAACUCCUCCAGCUCAGGAGGCGACCAGGACUACGACUGCAUCAACGAGUGGGGCCCGCGCUUCAAAAAGCUGGCCGACAUGUACGGUGGAGGAGAGGAGGAAAGGCUGUUGGAAUUCGUACAGGCUUUGAAUCUGAUGGAUGUUUCUAGCUGCUUCCGCUUGGGAGCCAUCAUUCUUUUUCUCCAGGCACUAUUGUGUGCAGGUUUUGACCAAUCAUGCACACCUGGCUUUGAUUCAGAACUCUAUAUAUUUAAUGUCGACAGAGUUACUCUUCACGUUGGCAAGACGCUUGGUAAAGUGGUUUUCGAUGACUGUACCAGCCGCAAGCGAAUUGUGUUGGAUUCGGCAGACAGCCGUUUUAAAGUGGACACGGAUGGAACGGUGAAGCUGGAGAGACAAGUGACCCUGCAUGAUGGACACAAGAGGUUUUCACUGCACGCGUGGGACUCCCAAGGCAGGAAGCACACAGUUGCUGUUCGUGUGGAGCUCGACCGGCCUCACCAGCACCACCACCAGGUGGACUUGCACCAGCCUGAUGCGACUGAAGCAGUUCCAACCGUACCAGUCCUGGUGUUUCCAGAGUCAUUUGGUGGUCUAAGGAGGAGGAAGAGGGAUUGGAUUAUCCCUCCCAUCAACUUUCCUGAAAACUCCAGAGGCCCUUUUCCACUGAAGAUGGUGCAGAUAAAAACCAGCGAAGCUGAUAAGGUGAAGAUCAUCUACAGCAUUACUGGUCAAGGGGCAGACGACCUUUUUACAAUUGACCGUAAGACGGGAUGGCUUUACGUCACUCAGCCCUUGGACAGAGAACAACAGCCUUCCUAUACGCUUCUUGCCCAUGCAGUAUCAGAUGGUGGUGGGAAAGCAGAGGAGCCCAUGGAAAUCAAUGUAAUUGUAAUUGACCUAAAUGAUAACAGGCCUAUCUUUGUGAAAGAUCCUUUCCUGGGAAAUGUUGCAGAAGCAUCAAAAAUAGGCACUGAGUUUAUGGCCGUUAAUGCCACUGACGCUGAUGAGCCUGGAAAUGCAAAUUCUGACGUCCGAUACAAAAUUCUCAGUCAAGAGCCAGCAUUGCCACUAAAGGAUAUGUUCGACAUCAAUCCUUUAACAGGAAAAAUCAGGGUGAAGAACAAUGGGCUGGAUAAAGAGAAAAUUAAUGAGUACACUUUGGAAAUUCAAGCAGCUGACAGUGAAGGAAAUGGUCUAAUAGCCGAGUGCAAAGCAAUUAUUACCGUAACUGACAGCAAUGACAAUGCUCCACAGUUUAACCCAUCUCAGUACACGGUGACUGUGCCUGAGAACAAAGUGGGGGAAGUGGUGGUGAAGAUGCCUGUAACGGACGACGAUGAUCCCAACACCUCUGCCUCAGCAGCCAAAUUCAAGAUCAUCAGUGGAGACCCAGCAGGGAUGUUCAGUGUUGAGACAGGCCCCAACAAACAGGAGGGCAUCAUCAAGACUGCCAAGCCUCUGGACUUUGAAGCUGUGGCCAAGUACACGCUGGUGGUAGCAGUGGAGAACGAAAUCCCGUUUGCAGUUUCUCUGCCAACAUCCACUGCUCAGGUGGUGGUGAAUGUUGGGGAUGUCAACGAGGCUCCCAUCUUCAGUCCAGCAGAGAAGACCAUUUCUAAGCCUGAAAAUGUACCUGUUGGCACACCACUAGUGGAGUACUUAGCCAGAGAUCCUGACACCGCUAUGAAGCAGAAAGUGACGUACAAAGUAGGCAGCGAUCCAGCUGGUUGGCUGAGUGUCGAAAAAGACUCAGGAAUAAUUAAAGUGGAGACUGAAAUGGACCUGGAAUCUAACUUUGUCAAAGACGGCCAGUACAAAGCCCUGAUUCUGGCUAUGGAUGAUGAUUUGGUCCCUGCGACCGGUACUGGAACGCUCAUUAUUCAGUUGAAGGACGUGAACGACAACCGUCCAGCAGUGGUGGAGAGGCUGGUGAAGGUGUGCAAUGAGGAGCCACCUCCCAUUCUGCUCGCAGUCACAGAUCAAGACACUGAAGUUAACGGCCCUCCAUACAGUGUACAGAUGACUGGGGACUCGGCCAAAAACUGGACAGCACGGAUGAACGGCACAAGUACUGGCAUUAUACUCAAAUUGAAAACCAAGUUACCGCAAGCAACAUACAGCAUCAGGCUGACGGUUCGUGACACCCAUGGCUUGGACCAAGAAAGCAUUGUAGAAGGCCAAGUGUGCAACUGCAAGGGAGCCGACUUUGUCUGCAAAGACGAGCCUGAGCCGCUGUACUUUGAAGCAGGAUUUGGAAUCUUGGGAGGCAUCCUGGCCCUACUCUUGUUGGUCCUGCUUCUGCUCAUCUUCAUGAGGAGGAAGAGCAACAUGAAGAAGGACCCGCUCCUGCCAGAGGACGACAUCAGGGACAACAUCUACUACUAUGAUGAGGAAGGCGGAGGAGAAGACGACCAGGAUUAUGACUUGAGUGUGCUACACAGAGGCCUGGAUAACCGGCCAGAAGUAUUCAGGAAUGAUGUGAUUCCCACCUUCAUGCCCGCACCACAGUAUCGACCACGUCCUGCUAACCCUGAAGAUAUCGGGAACUUUAUUGAUGAUAAUCUGAAGGCGGCUGACAACGACCCCACGGCGCCACCGUACGACUCGCUGCUGGUGUUUGACUACGAGGGCGCAGGCUCCGAGGCCGGCUCCCUCAGCUCCCUCAACUCCUCCAGCUCAGGAGGCGACCAGGACUACGACUGCAUCAACGAGUGGGGCCCGCGCUUCAAAAAGCUGGCCGACAUGUACGGUGGAGGAGAGGAGGAAUGAGGGGACGCACUCUUUUAAUGGGAACAACUGUCCUAAACCAUCUCGUUCUAAACAAAAGCCACUCCUGCGUGCAUUUUCAGCAGCAAAGAUGUUUGCUUUGUUUUGUUUCUCUGAUGGUGGCUAGAUCUUGUAGGUUUGGCUUUGUUACGUUUUGAAUAAAGACCGGAAGUCAAGGGCAAGCCCAUUCCUCAAGCACUGAUGGACAUUUUGAGUUGAAGUGCACCUGAGUGGAAUUGCUGAGUGCAAUUGCAAGUUACAUUUUUUUUUUUUUUUUUUUUUUUUGUAUUAGUAUUGGUAUGUAAACUUUUUUUUUUUUUUUUUUUUUUUUUUUUUUUGUCUCAAUUUAAUCUUUCUCUGUCUAUUAAGGAGAAUAUGCCUUUUUGAUUUUGUAUUGUUUUUUUUAGUAUUGUAGUUUUUUUGGACUGUGACAUUCAAAUACAGGGUGAUGUACAGUACAUAUUUUAUUAAAUAAAAUGUUCACAAAAAUACAUAAAUAAAAUGUUCACACUUGGUUCUUA